AUGUCUCUCACAAAUCUAGACGCUCAGCGCCUCGAAGACCAAACCCUCCUUGCAUCUACUACUUCCGAACAAGCUUCCACAAUUACUAUGAUGAGUGAAAGACUGGUACGCUUUGCAGAGACUGAACAGAUUCAAGUCGUAUGCAGUUUAGAUGGCUACAAGAAAGCUGAAGUCAAAGCAUGCUGGUAUUCUUCAAAAGAAUAUUCGAAAAUUGAAAAAAACAUUGUGAAAGAAUGUGACAAGAUGGCAAAGAGAAAGGACCUCAAAGACAAGAAGUACUGUUCACGGGGAUUGGAAACGUACCAGACCUACAUGUCCAGAAAACAGAACUACAGAGAGGCACUGCACGCUGUCUUGGAUGAACAAGACCGUCAAAUCGAAUCGAAUGUGUACGAUGAAGAAUCUAUCGCGCAAGUUUACCACAACGUUUCAUCCAGUUGCCAGCUGUGGGCCACAGUGAAGGGACUCCGCGAUCAGAAGGAAGCGACGAGCUAUCAUGUUGAGGAUCACGAUGAUGAUGAUGACUGGGAAUAUGCCAAGAUUAUCCCAGCACAACCUCCAAUGUACUCCAUUACUCCAAAGGAAAAGAUUCUAUUUAGCCACAGGACGAGGCCGAUGACCCAACUUCACCAGGUUGCAGUCAGUGCAAGGUCGGCAUAA